UUUGGGUCGGGUUCGUUGUGCCAGUAUUUUCUACUUGCAUUUUCUAUUCAUCAGAAAGAUGUGGCGUAAUGUAUCAUUUGUAGAAAGAAUAGAACUAGACUUUUCUGGAAAUUUAUUUAACCAUGCCAUUGUCCUUGGUGAUGUAGAUAAUGACCAGGGACAUGAGCUAGUGGUUGGUAACACAAAUGGUGACUUGGCAAUUUUUAAGGGUGCCUCAAAAUCUCCAUGGAAGCGGUGUUCUGGUCUAGGAAUGAUAACAUGUAUAGGAGUUGGAGAUGUUUUCAAUAAAGGAAAGAAUGUGUUGGUUGUGUUGACAGCAGAAGGAUGGUGCAAUAUAUUUGAUAUAAAGUCGGACCCCUCAGCUGAGCCCUCCACAGAUACAGAUCUAAGUAACCUGGCCCCAUCCUUCACUCAACACCUUCCAGCCAAUGGCAAAGUUCUAUUAAUAGAAGACGUUGAUGGGGAUGGUAAGGUAGAGCUGACAGUGGCGUAUUCGGACCGUGUGGUACGGUGUUUCAGAUGGAGCGCUAUUCAGGACCCCGACACAGAUAUCACCACAGAUAACCUGAUACAGACACAGAAAUGGCAGCUAGCCGGCCAGAUUGGUUCUCUGACAGUCAAUUUCACAGAUGAGGGACACCCAGAACUCUUAGUAGCUCAGCCAGGAGGAGAGUUUGUGACCAUGACCUUCAAACAGGGGUCAGAACUUGACCUCUCCAGUGGCAAAGAAGGGUAUAGUGAGGAAGUGUUAAAAUCUGACCAGAGGACAAACCAGACUGUAUCCACAGAGAUCAUCGGAGGGAUCUCCAGAAAGGGUUCCAAACAGCCAGGGACAUACUACGCCAUCUGUACUCUGGACGGUAAUCUACUGCUGGUGGAGAAGAAACAAAUCUUGUGGUCCCUACAGGUUGACCAUCAGCUGUUCUCACUGAAGAAGCUGGAUGUUACAGGUAAUGGUAAAGAGGAGGUGGUUUGCUGUUCGUGGGAUGGUCAGACCUACAUCGUUAAUCACAACAGAGCCGUGGUCCGAUAUCAGUUUGAGGAGAAUGUCACUGCAUUCACAGCAGGCCUUUAUGGAAUAGAAAACAACCCUAGUUUUGUUUACGCCACCUACAACAAAAAGAUUUACAUUUACAACAACAUACAGUUGCCACAGGUGGAAUCCACUAACCUGAUCGAGGUGAUGGAGAAACGAGAAAACACGCACGAGCUGCUGGAGAAGAUAGGAGUUCAGGAUCCACACCCAAGCCAGUUACGAGAUCUAUACCAUUGGUUAUUGUAUGGAUGGAAAGACAAUACGUGAACGUUGUAGAUCAGUGUGACGUGUUCUUUACACUCCUUCCUCAGAAAUUGCCAAUACCUACCCAUGAACUGUUGGUGAUGAUCAAUGAAAUAGGGAGGCCUGGAUGUACAUCGUAUCAUCACAGACUGGAUCUUCAGCUGUGAACUAGCCCUGAGUGUACAGUUUUUUUUAUAUUACAGACUGGAUCUGUGAAGUGGGUUCAGGCUUCAUAUAAUGUUUUACUGUAGAUUAUUACAGAGUUUGAAAGUUUUAGGGAUACACUUUAUAGAGAGUAACCAGAAUUUUACUGAACCAUAAGCCAUGAGACAAUCGUUAUACAAAUAAUGACAGACGUAUAUUUUACAUCUACUGCCAAAAACUUAAAGAAUGCAUACUUACAGGAUUUAAAAUACAUAGAAUUUGAAAAAUGUGUCAUAUGAAGGUAUUGCUUUGCUAUGCAAAGACCGUGGGUGGGCAUAUUUCCCGAUAUUUGGUCGACAACCUGUUAUAAUUCACUGUGAUAGUAUAUAUUUCAUAUACAUAAACAUAUAAAGGACUCCU